GCCUCUUCCGCUUCGGGCCGACCAAUGGCUGCGCAGAAGGCCUUAGAGCGGCCAAGUGUUUAAAUCUCCGGAGCCCCGAAGAGUGGGGUUUGGCUGAGCUUUCGUCAGCGGCGGUUGCAGAAGGAAGGGGUCGCGAAAUGGGCACCGCUGAGGAAAGAGAAUGGGUCAAUGUUGCCAAUGGUCUUCUGACAAAAUGUAAUCUAAAUCUGCGUGCUAACAGUCUCUCUGACUGUGGAGCUGAAGUAUUUAUUCGUCUUUAUGAAUCAAUACUGGGAGAGUGUGUUCCAGAUUUCAUCGCUAUACCAAGUUGUCAAGAAGAUGAUGCGCAUAAUGUGCAGGCAGUAAUAGAUUCUUUGGCACUGGAUUACUUGCAGGUCAGCUUAUCGCAUAUAACUGGAGAAAAUAUUGUGAAAGGUGAGAAGGAAUCCAUUAGAAAUCUCUUGGAAAUAUUUGAUGGCUUACUUGAAUACCUUACUGAAGAAAUCAGUGAGACUGCUUCUCAGAAUGGCGAUGGUUUUAAUCAGAUGGCUAAAGAUGAAGUCCAAUGCCAUCAUCUGGGAGAGCAAGAAGGUGGCCAUGAGGUUCCAGUUUCCUCUUUGAAGCUCUCAUCAGCUAUCAGGUCUUCUCAGUCAUUAGAGAGAGUCCCAUCAGAGGAAGUAGACGGUUCAGAUUCUACGAGUGAGCUUAUUAAGCUGGGUGACACAGCUUACUUGUUUGCUCUCAGAAAUGAAGAAUUACCAUUAGAAAGACAAACAUCGGUGAAGACUACAGAACCUCAAGAACAUGAAGGUUUUAGGAAACUAUCUAAUUUCCUCUCAAGUGGCAGAAGCAUCCGUGUCACUGAACCUCAAAGAGCAGCAAAAUCUGAGUUAUCUAGAGAGCAGUUGAGUUCUAGUGCUAAAAAGCUUGGGGAACCCAUUCGCCCAGCAAUUCCUUUGCAACCCCCCUACCAGCCUUCUGUACCCAGGACCUCUUACCAAGCUGACAGAAGUUCAGGCAGACAUUCACCACCAUCUAAACCUCAAAGUGGUGCAUCGUUUGAUCCAGCAGAACCCCCCAGGGAAGAGCCUGCAACCCCCUCGAGUUGCCCCAUUUCUGAAUCAAGGAUGGAAUCUGACCAUCCAACUGGAGAUAAUGAGCAAGCAUCAGAAGCUGAUUUAGAUACUGUAACUGAUAAAUUUGUGCCAGAAGAUGUCAUGGAUUCAGGAAAGGAGAUGAAUGAGAGUUACCAGUACACACCAACUCCUUGUUUUGAAGACCCAUUACCACAAUCAACAUCUAUACAGAGCACAAGACCUAAACAAAGGAACCUACUUAUUGGGAAAAGCCAGAAUGAAAGCCGGACCUUGACAGACUCUCUUGAUGAAGAACCUUUUCCCCACAGAAGGGCAAAGGAAAAGUUGUCUCGCCAGGAACUGCAUGAAAUGUCACAGAAACUCUCCCAGCGGCUAAAUGAACUAGAUGCUAUGUUAAAACAUGCUUUGGGGGAACGCACUCAAGAAGAGCCAUCAGCUGAGGAAGAUCAACUUUCUCAGCACAGUGACAGCGUCAUGGAUUAUCGUCAAAUGAAACCAGAGCCAGCCACUCCACGCUUGAGGAAAGGACCCAACAGGCCACGAUCGCUUUCCACUUCACCACCACCAUCCAGCUCCCCACUGUUGUCUGAGCUGGACAGUGUCCUUCGGAAGGAUGUAAGAGGGCCAGCAGAAAAAAUGCAUGAACGCUUGCAAAAGGAAGAGGACCAGAGGAAAUUGAGAGCAAAGCUGUUGACUAAAGUCUAUGAUGAUGAACUGAGAGCUUAUGAAGCUAGUGAAAGAUUUGAACUGGCAAAGCUAAAAGCAAAGGCGAAGGAAACGGAACAAAAAUACAAGCAAAGCAUCUUAAAAGGACCUCCAAGACCCUCACAAGCAACAAAGAUUUAUUCUCAGAAAAGUGGGCCUAGGAAUCCCAAACUCAACCAGUGGAUUUCAAGGGGAGGCUUUGCAAAGCCAAAGAAAGCAGCUCCGUUGAAGGUAAAGGAAAAUAAUCUCUUGCCUCGUCUAUUGGAAGAUUUUCCCCACCUGCAUAUUUCCCGACCAACUAUGAACAAGAUGUGGCAGCAGCAGCUUGCACAGAUAGACCAACUGAAAUCUCCUAUUGACAGAAACCGACAGAAACUUCAAAGUGAAGUACUAGAAACACUGAAGAAACAUGAGCUCCUUGUUGACCUUAUCAAGAAAGAGCAGACUCAUAACAGGAGGCUGCAAGAAUUUAAGCAGCGCAUUUAUCGGCAGAAAUAUACUCAGAAUAAAAUGAGGGAGAGACGGCAGCAAAUUGCAAGAGCCAAAAAGUACUACCAGGAUUAUAGAGUUCAGUUGCGGGCCAAAAUGAUGAGGUCCAGGACACGUGAAGAACAUAUAUUUAAAAGCUUAUUUGAAGAGGGCUUGGAAAUUCAGAAACAAAGACUGUAUGAAUUAAGAUCAUAUGCCAAGGAAAAGCGUGCUGAGCAAAGAAAACAGCAUCAGGAUGAAUUAGAGUCAAUGGAGAACUACUAUAAGGAUCAGUUUUCAAUGCUGGCAGAAGCAGUUUCAGAAGAACGUCAAGAAAUCCAAACCAGAGAGAAAGCACAUGCAAAUACAUUAAACAAAGUGAAACGUGAGCUGAGGUCAAAGAUGGAGAAAGAGAUUAAAGAGCUGCAGGAUAUGAUCACACAGAAUGAUGACGAUUCAUUUUUCCGAGAACUGGAAGCAGAUCGUCUGAAAUCCAGACUCCUGGUGGCUUCCUUUCAAUAUAGCAAAAACUAUCAAUUCCUUUAAGUCUUGGCAGGUCUCUCUUACAAAUACUUGUGUGAUUUGUUUCUGGCAAAGAGACUUCUUAAGAAAACAUGCAGGGGACCAGAACUAGAAGUGUGAAGUUAGCAGUUUGUUUUGCCACCUGAGAUUUGCUGUCCUAAAUCCAAAAUUAAGCUUAUUUAUAAUGGCAAGAAAAUAUUGAACAGACACUUCUCAGAAGAUUUUUUAUUUUUACAGAUUUUUAAAAUAAAGAUUAUGUGGACGCUUAUCAAAAUGAAGCUGUUGGAAGGUGUCUUCU